AUGAUUCCAGUAACAAUCGGACAUCGAGAUUAUGCUGAUAAUCAAGAACAAUAUCGUACAAGUAUUUAUUAUCCAUUAAUUGAUAGUGUUUUAAUCGAAUUAAAUCAUUGGUUCUCAAGUGAAGCUAUGGAACUUUUAAGCAGUAUAUCAUCUUUAUGUUCAAAACAUGAAAAAUUCUUAGAUUUUGAAAUAGUCAAACCAUCUGAAUUACAUUUGGAUAUUAAUCCUAAUGAAUUACAAAAUGAAUUAAAUGUAUUACGAUCAUUCUUGAAGAAUAAAAAUUUAUCUGAUACCAAAGAAUUACGUUGCGAAUUAAUUUCAUUCACACAAGCUUUUCCCAAUGCUGUUCUAAUGAUUCAAGGUGCAAUGACAAUACCUGUUACAUCAGCAUCUUGUGUAAGGUCGUUUUCGAAAAUGAAAGCAAUAAAGAUUGCCCUUCGAAAUACUAUGAGCGAUGAACGUUUAAGUGAUUUAUGUUUACUAGCAGUGGAACGAGAUUUCAAAAUUGAUUUUGGCCACGUCGUUGACGAUUUUUCUGCCAAUCAUAAGAAUACAAGAAUUAUGUUGAGAUAG